AUGAAGAAGCCAUCCCCCGAACAGCUAUUGAUUCAGCAACACAACUGCACAUGGAGUGUUGCCCAUCAUGCCGUAAUGCGUGCGAAAGUGGAGCUUGGACAUCAUUACACGGUCAAGCUAAAGGUAUUGCCCAAAGAUGUCCAGAAAUCGAUUGUCAAGGCUGCCAGUGCAUUGAUUGACGCCGAAACAGUAGCAGCAUCAGCAGCCAACAACAUACAUGGCCACAAAACCCAGCAAGAGAAUAAUAAUGGUGCUGACUUGCCGCAAGGAGGAGUCCCACUGGGUUUGCAGGCAGUGCCCGCCAAUAGGCGACCGAUUGGCUUGGAAUUUCAUUCCUUGCAUGACCCAAACUCUCUCAUUGCUAAUAAGACUGCGGGUGGUCGUGCAUUUUUGAAAACAUAG